CUUUUAUUUUGAAGGGCUGGAGGAAAGCCGCUCUGGGGGCAGGGUUCAGUCAGUCAGGAAGAGCUCUUCGUGUUUUUUGGGAUCUUUUUUCGUUUUUCUUUCUCGGCGUUGAGCUCUCAGCCCGUGGGAACACGUCACCUCCGUGGAUCGGUCCCGCUUUGGGGAGAUAUUCCGGUCAGGAUCGGUUCCGGUCGGGUGGACAGCUCCAUGUCCCCGGUGCCGUUGGACUUUGGGACAGCGGAGUCCUCCGGAGGAAAUCAGCUGCGGAUUUUUAUUCGCAGCUGAUUUUAUUAUUAUUAUUGCUAAGGUGCGCUCCGUCGCUUCCCCUCCAGGUGACGGUCUGAUCGGUGACGUCAGACUUUCUGAUCACCUGGCCGUGUUCGCGGAUCAUGUCUCCGCCGCUGUCCGCGCGCUGAAGGAUGAAAACGCUUCUUGUCGCUGUUUACCUGCUGCUUCAGCUCCGUGCAGCUCCUGCGUCCCUUCCUGCUCCGGUCAAGCUUCGGGUCAGCUCUCUGAACCUCCACCAUGUCCUCCACUGGGAGCCGGGGCCCGGCAGCCCUCCGGGGACGCAGUUCAUCAUCUACAAGUGGGUUGGGGGCAAAAAGCGGAAGCCGCUUCCCAGAAAUACAACAUUGACGUCCUUCACGCUGAAACUGGACACCUUGAAGGUCUACCAGCUGGCUGUCCAGGCGUCCUACAACCACACCCUUUCUCCUCGCUCUGGCAGCAUCACUUUUGACCCGUUAACCUCCACUGUGAUAGGUCCUCCUCUGCUCUCAUUGGUCGGAUGUGGAACGUACAUACAGGUGAACGUUUCUCUGCCUGAAGAAAUCCAGGAGACUUACCGACCCACCUUCAGCGUGCUGUGGAGGAUGGGAAAAGAUGGAAAGAUCCAUGAGCUGAUAUCAGGUGAGAUGAGCUUUAAUCUCACCAACCUGGAGAGGGGCGUGGAGUACUGCGUGCAGGUGGACACCAAGACCCGUACCAACAUGAACACCCGGCCGUCCGUGUGGAACUGCACCUUCACCAGCGUCCCAGAACCAGAAAAUGGAAUGCUGGUUUUAGUCUUCGUCACGGCUCUGUUGAUUUUCCUCCUCAUCGUCCUGACCAUGGCGCUCAUCAGCCUCUACUACACCGGAUUCCUGUGCAAACUGAAGGAGAUGCCCACAGCACUCGUGGUCGCUCAGUGGCCGGACCACGUCUUCAUGCCAAACUCCACCGCCGUGGACCCGCUCACCAUCUUCUCCCACACAGAAAAACAGAGGAGCUGCCCGGUGGCGGCUCCUCCUUCCGCCAGGAGGGUCCCCUCCUUCUCUGACGAAGACUGUUACGAGAAGGAAGAGGACGACGCGGCAAAGCUGUACGUGAACAGAAACGCAGAGCUUUCUUCAGACAGAGGCUCCCACCAGGACUCUGCUGACGGCAGCGGGAGCCUCGGCGAGGACGCCGCGAAGGAUUCGGGUUGUUUCAUGAAGAAGCCGCCUGCAGAGGAGGAGGAGGAGGAGGAGGAGCAAUGGCGGGCGGCGUCAGACCAUUACGAGGCCAAAGCAGAAAGUGUGCAGGUCUCCUUCCUCCGUGACCUGGAUCUCUCCGGACUCCAGGUAGGAGCCGCGGCUCAGGAGGAGGAAACUAGCUCAGAGACUCAGGACUUCUCUGGGGACGUCAACUUGUUCUCAGUCACCCUCGCCUCCAUGGCCGCCUGCGAUGAAGGUGACACAGAAGAGGAGCAGGACUCGGGGAACUCCUCCACAGACUUCCUGAGCAUAUACAGCCUGAAGCCUGUGAGCCAGACAGACUCUCAGAGUGAGCUCCGGCAUCCCUCUGAGGAGAGCCUGACGGAGUGUGGAUACGGCAGGAGGCGUGCCGACUCCUGGAUGAAUGAGGCGGAGGGAGCGGGGGGCGUGUCUGGGUAUCUGACAAACAGAUGACGCGGUCGAAGAACGAUCAUUUGAGCUUUCACAGAGGACGAAGCCCUCAACGUGAAGUACGAAGCAUCCUGGAUGUGGGUGGUACUUUCUACAAAAAACAGUGUUAUCAGACCAGGACUGGUCAUGGAGGGGUUAAAGCAAUUAACAAAACUUCCCUAACGAGCGUAGAGCAGGUCUCUAGCCAUUUUAAACUGAGGUUAUUUUCCUCUGAGGAGGAUUUUUUUGUUUUACUGGUGCUAACAUAUAAGUCUUUAAAAUCCCUUCACAUUGAAGCCCUUCCACACAUAUAUGUGGAAACGGAUACAUUUUUAUCCGUUUUGGCCGCUCGUCCACACGAGACACCACUGAAAACGAUUAUUUAUAAAAAAAAAGAUCUGAGAGAACUCUGUGUUUGUGCCUGGCAAGUAGGGCUGGACGAUAUCGAAAUAAAGCAUAUCGAUAAAAUAGAAAUCAUAUUGAUCGAUAUUGAUAAUUAUCAACAAAUUCAAAACAUAUAUUUUAAGUGCAGCCCUGGCCCUUUUAUGCUGUUGCUUAGCAACCUAUUUCUAGAUGCAGACACACUGAAGUCAAACUCAACCCUUUAUUUAAACAACGUUUUACCAAAACUACAAGUUCUUAAAAAAAGAAAAAAGAACGCGUGCUCUCUGAACUGUCUGGAGGGGGCGGAG